CUAGGGUUCUUCCGGAUGCCGGGCUACGAUGUCCGGAUUGCGCCGGUGUGCGCGAGCGCAGUGCGAAUGCCGCUUGCUAAUUCCAAUGGCAAGGCGUCUGCUACUCCCAGCGCGGAGAGGAAAUCGGUUGUGGAGCUGCCGCGCCAUGUCCAGCACGUUUCUAGCCUGUCGAAUCCCUAUGUGAAGCAUCUGGUGAAAAUGCGGGAGAGUUCUUCGUAUCGCGAGGCCACUGAAUCGGUGCUGGUAGUCGGCUCCAAUCUCUUGCAGGAGCUCUGUGAAUUUGCAGUGACAAACAACACAGAAGCAGCGUUUGAGCUGGAGAUGCUACUCGUAGUGGAAGAAAGAGACUUCCCUCAAGAGCUCUCUACGUUCUCGCAACGCACGGUGUUCUUAACUGCGUCGGUCAUGCAGAAGCUGGCGGGGCUCAAGUCUUCCGAGUCAGUGGACGCCAUCGGUGUGGUGAAGCUACCAUCUUCUUUUCAAAAGCUGAGCCCGGAUGAAAGCUUGGCAUCCGCAGGAGCAACUCUCGAGAAAUGGUGUCCAAAUCCUCACAGGCUUCUGAUCCUCGACGGAAUCCAGGAUCCUGGGAACCUUGGCACGCUCUUGCGCACAGCUACAGCGUUUGCUUGGGAUGGUGUGUUUUUGCUGCCCGGUUGCUGCGAUCCUUUCAACGACAAGACCCUGCGAGCAUCACGAGCUGCCAACUUCCGGAUGCCAAUCGCGGCUGGAACCUGGCCACAGAUUCAAGCCUUCGGCAAAGCCAACGCCAUGAAAUUCUACGCCGGCAUCCCGGAGCAAGUUCACUCCUCUCGGCUCCACUCCAAGAAAAACUCCCCGGAGGCACUGAUAGAGAAGAUCAAGAGUGUGAAAUCGCUGUGCCUGGUCCUGGGCAGCGAAGGCCAAGGUCUCUCGGAUCCAGCGCGGCGGGGCUCGCAACACCUCACAGUUCCAAUGCCCGGCAAAUUCGAGUCGCUAAACGUGGCAGUGGUGGGAGGCAUACUGAUGUUCCUCCUUAUGAACAAGAACAUCUAGAACAACAAGGCAAGCUGCGAGGACGGUUUUUUCAUUGUCCGCAAAGUAACUUGAAGAUUUACAAGCUCUCUAGUAGCACUGGAUGUAGACUUUAAAGUAGAAAACGUCGGUUCUUCCUCCCGAAAACAGAGCUGAUCAUAAGUUUCUUCCACCAGGAUUGCCACGACAAAUAUCGAGACUAUCAAAACUGAAACACUUGACACUGAUGUUUCCAGAGAGCAUCUGUCUUGGAAAUGCCAGGAACCUUAGUUGAUUUCCAAGGUAAGAUCGGAGAAUGGACAAGAAACUUCUGACUACCAUUUAUACAACUAUGUCUUCUUAUC